GUGCGAGAGUUUACAUCCUGAGAUUCUCUCGUGGCGCUAUCAUUUCCGAGGAGAAGUUCGAACUGAGCGGAGUUCUGCUGCUGUUGGUAAUAAGCGGGUCCUACUAACCAGCCUGUCCCUAUGUCAUUUGCAAGCAAGGACUUCUUUCUGCGUUCAGCAAACCAUCCUACGACAAUGGAUUGUGUAGAGAAGAAAUUUAGAAAAAGAAGACAUAAUGAGGAUGUAGCAGCCAUUGAAGCUUCAUAUGUGGUGUCACUCAGAAUUGCCAGAGCUAUGGCACCUCAUACCAUUGCUGAGGAUUUAAUGUUGCCAGUAGCCAAAGGCAUUGUUCAAUAUAUGAUCGGAGAAGAAUUUGUUACGACAUUGAGUGCAGUUUCUUUAUCUCACGACACUGUCCAGAAAAGAAUAAAUGACAUGUCUACUGAUAUUCUUGAUCAGGUUAUCCAGGAAAUUAAAUCUGCUCCACUUCCAAUAUUUAGUAUCCAGCUGGAUGAAUCUACAGACAUUACAAAUUGUUCACAAUUACUGGUUUACGUGAGGUAUAUUAAUGAUGGCAACUUUAAAGAUGAGUUUCUUUUUUGCAAACCACUUGAAAUGACAACUACUACAUAUGGUGUGUUUGACACAGUUGGUUCAUUUCUGAAAGAGCAUACGAUCUCUUGGGAAGAGGUUUGUGGUGUUUGCACAGAUGGUGCCCCAGCUAUGUUAGGAUGUGGAUCUGGAUUUCAGCGUUUGGUACUUAAUGAGUCACCAAAAGUCAUUGGAACUCACUCUAUGAUGCGUUGGCAAAUAUUAGUAAUGAAGACACUGCCACAAGAGUUACAAGAAGUAAUGAAAAGUGUCAUAAGUUCUGUCAAUUUUGUAAAAUCAAGCACUUUAAAUAGUCAACUGCUCUCGCAACUGUGCAGCGAGUUGGAUGCGCAAAACAAUGCUCUGUUACUUCAUACUGAAGCGAGAUGGUUGUUGAGAGGAAACAUUUUAAAAUGUGUUUUUGAGCUUCGUGAUGAACUCAAAACAUUCUUUAAUCAGGAAGCAAGACCGCAGUACGAAGUGCUUUUCAGCGAUAAAAAUGAACUGAAGAAAAUAGCUUAUUUGGUUGACAUCUUUGCCAUCUUUAAUGAGUUGAAUUCAUCGCUGCAAGGACCAAACACAACAUGCCUUGAUUUGUAUGAAAAGAUCCAAUCAUUCCAAAUGAAACUCCAGCAUUGGCAGAAAAAACUGGAUGAAAGUAAAAUUUACAUGUUGUCUAUCUUAUCUGCUUUUUUUGAGGAGCAUGACAUUGAACCUGACAAAAGGAUUACAAUGAUAACUUAUGUGAAGGAACACUUUCGCAUGCUUGUUGAGGAAAUUCCAUUGUACUUUCCAAAUCUACCUGACACCCCAUUUGCACUCGCCAGAAGCCCAUUCACAAUCGAAAUUGAAGAUGUCCCUGAAGGAGCCCAAGAGGAGUUCAUUGAACUUAUUAACAGUGGUGCAGCAAAAACUGAUUUCUCUACAAUGCCAGUUGCAAAAUUUUGGAUCAAGUGUUUGCAGUCCUAUCCUGUUCUUUCUGAGAUUGUGUUGCGCCUUCUUCUUCCAUUUCCAACAACAUAUCUUUGUGAAACAGGGUUUUCCAGCUUGUUGGAGCAAUCUAAAAACAGCAGUAUAUUUGUUGAGGAAGAUGAUCUUCGUUGUGCUCUUGCAAAGACUUCCCCGAGAAUUUCUGAUCUGGUGAGAAAGAAGCAAUCUCAACCUUUGCAAUGACGUUGGGUUUUUACAUUGUCACAAAAUGUAGUAGUGUAGUUUACUGUUAUAUUAAGACUGUUACCCAUGUUAUACUAUGCUUCAAGACAAAAUUUCAUUUAUUUGUAAAUAGAAAUAAAUAUUUCUCAAUAUA